AUGGAAAGAUACGCUCCUCUGAUGGACGAAGCUAUAGCGUAUGCGAAAGAACAAAGCGCGGGCAAAAGUCAAGAUCAGAUUCUUGAGUUGGCAAUGGAUCGAUUAUUUGUUGUCUUUGGCAAGGAGAUUUUAAAGAGUGUUACGCGAAUCUAUAACUACUACAAAAAAUUCGGAUACAAGACGCAGGUUAUGGCCGCAUCUUUCCGAAACACUGAAGAGAUUAAGGGAUUAAUGGGAUGCGAUCUGCUUACUAUCAGCCCCAAACUGCUAAAGGAACUUUCGGAAGACAAGGAAAAUGUUACCGUAGCUUUGAAGAGCUCUGAUGCUGCUUCAAAAGAGAUUCCACGUAUCACUGUCGAUGAGAAAUUGUUCCGAUGGGCAAUGAAUGAGGAUGCGAUGGCAUCAGAGAAGUUGGCCGAGGGAAUUCGUAAUUUCAACAAGGACGCGAGAACACUCGAAGGGCUUGUUAAGAAAAUGCUUUAA